AUGGCGAGCAGCAGCAGCCGUUGUCGCCGUUUUGCAAACACCUCGCUUCUUCUCGCCGCAGCGGUCCUCCUCCUCGCCAGCCCUUUCAUUCUCCUCUCUCGGGCACAAAAAUCGUCCGCACCUUUCCCCGUCUAUGCGCCCGCCUUUGCCAGAACCGCCACACGUCUCUACGUCCUCGGAGACCAAAAGACCAUGGUUACCUUCCAUUCGGGCGCCACAGCCUUUGCCUUUCACUAUUCUGUUGCUACCGGUCAAUGGACUCGAGCGAUAGUGCAGGCGACGUACGGAGACACUAUGGGUGUCAACGCGAUGACAGACCCUAACACUGGGUUGGUCUAUCUUGCGGGUGGGUACACGUCCAGCGACCACAACUCGAUGAACGUCUAUAACUUUGUGACGGACACGAUAUCAGGGAGCGCAUUGCCUCCCACAGUUCUUCUGAAUCGUUUGUUUUAUGCCAAUGUCUGGUCACAGAAGCGGAAGAGUAUCCUUUGUUUUGGCGGGUAUAAUUCUUCAAAGGGUGUGAUUCCAGAUCUCAACACCGUAACGGAAUUUGUGCCCUCGACUUCAGUGUGGUCCACAUUGGCCACAUCAGGAAUCGCCCCAGCAAUGCGAGCAGACCAUUGCAUGGCAUCAAAUGAUGAUGGCUCACUUAUGGUGAUCUAUGGAGGAAGGCUGUCCGACCUCACCACAUUCAGUGGCGAAGUCUUUAUUUUUGACACUGUCAGCCAGACCUGGAGACAGGGCUUGACCGGCACUCCUAGAGUUUACGCAGCCUGCACCAUUGCCGGCAACCAGCUCUUGGUCUGGGGAGGACAGAACUCGACAGACUUGGUCGCGCCUGCACCCAUUUUGAUCUACGACCUGAACAACAACGCAUGGAUCACACAGUACACUCCCCCAGCAUCUUAUGUGGCUGCCAGGGCGUCCGAGACUUCCUCGAGCUCACCAAAUGCGACAAGCACGGGCUUACCCUCGAGCAAUAGAUCAUCUUCGAGCAAUGCGGGUGCGAUUGUAGGAGGAGCCGUCGCGGGCGUAGCUGUGCUCUUGAGUACUCAUGAUGAUGAGCUUCAACAGAUGCGGACACAGAUUCAGAACCAGCAGGAGCAAAUGGAGUUACAACAGAGUUUGCUGUUGUUACAGCAACAGCAACAGCAGCUACAGUUGCCGAUCCGACCGCAGCAUCAGUAUCAGGAUGCGACAUAUAAUUACCAACCACCGAUUUUCUAUUCAGCAGCUGGGGGACAAACAGCAAACCCAUUGAUUGCGACGACGACAGGUUCUCCACCACAAGAGUGGGAUACAGCACAUACGUCACCGGAUUCGAUGAAUCUGGUACCGACGAGUGGUUGGUUGGUGCGUGCAGGGUAUGUGGAUGGAGGAAGUAGCUAUGCGAACGCGCAGCAACAGCAUCUUGGGAUCAUGCCUGUGGUGUAUAAUCCGCCGACAACGACUGCAGGACCCUCGGAGGUGACGACGGAGGAAAAAGGCGAGUACGAGAGUAAUUACUGGGAGAGACGUCCACUCGGCAGCCCACAUGCUAUUAUUGAGACGUAG